CUUCCCCGGCCGCCAUCUUGUCGGGGCUGAGGCAGCGCCCGCCGGCCCCGCUCCGUGUGCGCGGCCUGCCUGCCCCGAGCGCCGACCCGCCAUGGCCAACAACAGCCCCGCGGUGGCGAACUGCCAGGGGCAGCAGGCGGCCCAGCACCCGCCCGGCGCCGUCCCGCCCGUGCAGCAGCCGCUGCAGAGCGGGGGCCCCAAGCCGGCGGCCUCGGGCAAGCAGGGCAACGUGCUACCGCUGUGGGGCAACGAAAAGACCAUGAACCUGAACCCCAUGAUCCUCACCAACAUCCUCUCGUCGCCCUACUUCAAGGUGCAGCUCUACGAGCUCAAGACCUACCACGAAGUGGUGGACGAGAUCUAUUUCAAGGUUACACAUGUUGAACCAUGGGAAAAGGGCAGCAGAAAAACAGCAGGCCAGACAGGGAUGUGUGGAGGGGUGCGUGGUGUUGGAACCGGAGGAAUUGUGUCUACUGCUUUUUGUCUGCUCUACAAAUUAUUUACGCUGAAGCUCACUCGUAAGCAAGUGAUGGGCCUUAUCACUCAUACAGACUCCCCAUAUAUUAGGGCUCUUGGAUUUAUGUAUAUUAGGUACACACAGCCACCUACAGAUCUAUGGGACUGGUUUGAAUCCUUUCUUGAUGAUGAAGAGGACCUGGAUGUGAAGGCAGGUGGGGGUUGCGUUAUGACCAUAGGAGAGAUGCUUCGUUCCUUCCUCACUAAGCUUGAAUGGUUUUCCACGUUGUUUCCAAGAAUUCCUGUGCCAGUCCAGAAAGCCAUUGACCAGCAAAUUAAAAGCAGACCUAGAAAAAUCAAGAAAGAUGGCAAGGAGGGGAUGGAAGAAAUAGACCGGCAUGCAGAACGUAGACGUUCAAGGUCUCCAAGGCCAAGAUCCAUCAGUCCCAGGAGGUCACCCAGAAGAUCCAGAAGCAGAAGUCACCAUCGGGAAGGCCAUGGAUCAUCUAGUUUUGAUAGAGAACUAGAAAGAGAACGAGAACGGCAGAGAUUAGAACGUGAAGCAAAGGAGAGAGAAAAAGAAAGGCGGAGAUCUCGAAGUACCGAUCGCUCACUAGAACGGAGGCGAAGCAGAAGCAGGGACAGAUACAGAAGCCGGAGUCGAAGUCGUGACAGGAAAGGAGAUAGAAGAGACAGGGAUAGGGAACGAGAGAAAGAAAAUGAACGGAGUCGGAAAAAAGAGAGAGAUUACGAUAAGGAAAGAGUUAGUGAGAGGGAAAAAGAUCGAUCUAGAGAAAGGUCAAAAGAAAGGAAAAGUAAGGGUGACACAGAGGAGAGAAGACACAAGGAUGACAAAGAUGAGAAAAAACACCGUGACGACAAGAGGGAUUCCAAAAAAGAGAGAAAGCAUAGUAGAAGUCGAAGCCGGGAAAGAAAGCAUAGGAGUAGGAGCCGAAGCAGGAAUGCAGGUAAGCGCAGCAGAAGCAGGAGCAAAGAAAAAUCAAGUAAACAUAAAAAUGAAAAUAAAGAGAAGUCAAAUAAACGAAGUAGAAGCAGAAGCAGAGGAAGAACAGAUAGUGUUGAGAAAUCAAGAAAACGAGAUCAGAGUCCCAGCAAAGAAAAAUCUAAGAAACGUAGCAGAAGCAAAGAACGUUCCCACAAACAUGAUCACAGUGAUAGCAAGGACCAUUCUGACAAACAUGAUCGACGAAGGAGCCAAAGUACAGAACGAGAGAGCCAAGAAAAGCAACAGAAAAACAAAGAUGAGACUGUGUGAAUUCUUUCAGAAGUGGAUCACAUUGAAUCCUAUAAAUGUUUGAUUAAAUCCUGCUUAUUUUUUCUUAAAGUUGAGAUUGUGCAGUAGUUGAUGAGCACUCUUCUCCAACCUCCCUCUAGGCUGCAGAUUGUCAUUUCCUAUUUUGGGUAGGGAAGUGCCUUUGUAAACCCAUUCAAUGCAUUGACGGUUUCAAACCAUUUGUUUAGUUUAAUUUGUAAUGCGGAGAUUGUUCUUGCAUUUUUAUUGUUCAGAUGUUUCUGAAAUGUACAGUCUGUACAUAUGUCCUGAAAAUGUUUUCAUUCCUUUGGCAUGGUUGCCAUGUUGGUUAAAUUUGUAUGAGGCAAUAAACUGCCACUAAUUAUA